AUGGCGGCCUUCGAUGGAACAUCCUGCCCCAAGGAACACUUGAUGGCAUACAAAAACUUGAUGUUGCUGUACACCACCAACCCAGCAUUAUGGUGCAAAUUCUUCCCAACUACUCUCACAGGAGUAGCCUUGACGUGGUACACCUCUCUUCCAAGGAGAAGUAUCCACACCUUUGCCCAAUUAGAGAGCAAAUUCCUAGGUCACUUUGUGGCAUCCAGAAGGCAGGAGAAAUCAAACUUCCAUUUGCUUAGCAUAACGCAACUGGAAGGGGAAUCCAUAUCAUCGUAUCUGAGUAAAUUCCACGAGGCAGUACUGGAGGCACAUGACCCCAAAAAACGAAGGUCAGAAAAAAAGGAUCCAAUAUCCUCCAAUCAUUCCUCAAGGAGCAGAGAGGAACAUUCAUCAAGGAGGGAUAGAAACUACUUGCCGCGUCGUCCAGAACCUCCGUCAGAUAUGGGGCCUCCACGAUCCAGACACAUAUAUGUCGCUGAAGGGGAGUCCAGAACGCGAAAUCUACCAGAUGGAGAACACGGCCACACUUUGGCCCAAUGUCGCGAACUCAAGCGUAUCCUACAUCAGCUAGCCGACGAGGGGGAGCUAUCAAGGUUCAUCAAUCGAAAAGACUAUGGCACGAGAGGUGACGCGGAAAGAAGGCCUUGGAACCAGAAAAGAAACAAGGCUAGGCGCGAAACUUCCAACACACAAGGAACCAUCAAUAUGAUUUUCAGCGGCUACACCGAGGAAUAUCCUACAAUCCGCGCCGCGAAAGACAGCGUCCAUACUCUGUUCAAAGGACCCCAAAAACCACCUCAAGUGGGCCGAUCAUGA